AAACCCAUAGAGAUGGAGGAAGAAAAAGAAGAGAGCGUCGCUAGUCUUACCCAAACAACGCGGGCGGGAGUCACGAACCAGAAAGCGACUCCCAAGUUCUGAGCUGCCCUAAAGGAUGUGAUUUCAGGAUGGAGGCAUUGCUAGAAAGAAUACAGGGCAGAAGUUUCCAGACUUCAUGUGAAGCAGAACUACAGGAGCUGAUGAAGCAGAUAGACAUAAUGGUGGCUCAUAAGAAAGCUGAAUGGGAAACUCAAACCCGGGCACUAGAAUCCUGCUUGGAUGUGCGAGAGCAGGAACUGUCCUCUCUCAGGAAUGCAUUGGAUGAGAAAUGUAAAGAGAUUGAAAGGCUGUGUCAGCGACUAGAAGGGAUGGAACAACUGAAUCGUGAUAUGACUAUGGAAUAUGAACAGCAGUUACGAAAGGUCCAGGAAGAGCUAGCUAGGCUGAAGAGAAGCUAUGAGAAACUGCUGAAGAAACAACUGAAAGAAGCAAGGAAAUUACCCUCCAGGAGCCAAGAGGAGGACCAAUCUGAAGUAAGCAUCCUGACUAAGAAGUUAGAGGAGUUCCGCCAGAAAGCUCUAGAUUGGGAGAAGCAGCGCUUGCACUACCAGCAGCACGUGGCAUCACUGGAAGCACAGCGGAAGGCUUUUUCUGAGCAGUCUGAUCUCAUUCAGGCCCAACUGUCCAGCCGGAAGCAAAUGUUUGAGUCUGUGGAGCUGGCGAGCCAAUCUGAAAUCCAUCACUUAACUAGCAAGUUGGAAAGGGCCAAUGACACUAUCUGUGCCAAUGAACUGGAAGUGGAAAGGCUGAAUAUGAAAGUGGAUGAUUUAACUUCUAGCAAUCAGAAAAUUUUGGAGGAACAUCAAAGAGUACUAGAUGAGCUGAAAGUUUCCCGGAACUCACUGGAGGUUCUACAUGAAGAAAAGAUGGAACUUAGGGCCACUCUGCUCUCUCAGGAGGACUUCAUUAACAACUUACAGAUGCAUAAAGAACAAUUACAGAAGGAAGUGUCCAAACUAACUGAAACCUUGCAAAACAAAGAAGCUUUUGUCAGGUCACUGGAAGAGUGCCUGCAGAGCAGUGAAGGAACCAAUAGAAUCUAUCGUAGCAGAACAGAGUUGGACAACAUACACUUGCAGCUAGAUCAUCCUGAAAUGAUUCAUCUUGAGGGCAGCCUGGGUUCUGCAAAUGCAAACCAUGCCCCGCCGAGUGAAUUGCUAACUGAGAAAUGCCAGGAGCUGCAGCUGACAGAAGAGCACCUCUGCCAGGCCAAGGCUGAGAUAAAAAAGCUGAAGGAGCAGCUAUUGCACAAAGAACAUAGUCACAACAGUGAGUUAGAAGGAAUGAAGCAGGAGGUUGCUCAGCUAACACGGGAGCUUCACCAGCGCGACAUCACAAUUGCCUCAUCAAAUAGUUGUACUUUAAACUUGGAGCAGCAACUAAAAAUGGAGAUUGAAAAAGCAGAACGGAAGGCAGUGGAGCACAGGGCUGUUUUGUCGCAGUUGGAAUCUCUUAAGCAAGACAAUCACCAGCUCUCAGAAAUUCUUCAGAAGGGAAAAAGUGCCCCCCUGGCAGAAUUCCAGGAAAGUUAUACCAAAGCCCUAAAUAAGGUGGAGUCUGAAAACCAGCGAUUAUUGAAAGAACUAGCAGAAACUAAAGCCAGCCUGGAAGCCUCCUCCCGCAGGUCUCAGGGCAGAUAUGAGAAUAUCAUGCAGCAGAUGCAGCAGCAGAUGACUGAGAUAAAGAAUGUGGAAAGCAGGAGACUGCAAGAGCUGCAGUGUAAGCAUGAAGAAGAAAUGAGAGUACUUCAGGAUAAAUUUGACAAGACUGUUCAGCACUAUGAAGAAGAAAUUCAAAAGGUGCAGCAUUUGUCAACCAGAAGAGUUUUUAGUACAGCUGAUGGACUGUCACCCCAGAUCAGCAGGAGCAACUCUGUUGAAUCCUUGUCCUGUGAUCCCCUUCUGAGAUCAGAUUCCUUGCCACAUGGAAACAGUGAAUUUACUUAUAUGUUCGGCAAGAAUGAGAAAGAACUCCUGUCUUUGAGCCCAUUGCCUACAACAAACAUUGGUGCGAUUGCUGUCAAGUUCUUGGAGGAGGAAGAAGAAAGAUCUCAACAUAUCUUAGAACGCUUAGAUGCACACAUUGAGGAGUUGAAAAAGGAGAGUGAAAUGACAAUACAGCAGUUCAAACACCAAAAGUGACAUUGCUUCAAGACCCAAGGAUUGGAAAGCUGGCUUAAUAUAAGAUGCAUCAAGAAGGGGACCAAGGGAGCCUUCAGCAGCUAGAAAGGGGCUUCUCUUCUUUUUCCUGGUUUUAGUGGUGGUGAAACCAAGGAAAUGAAGUUUGUCUGGAGCAAAGCAUUAUGUCUGGGGGCAGUAAUUGUACUACUUUCUAGAUGCCUUAUUAAGUCCUGCAGCGCAAGAGUGUGCAGUGAUUUUCAGGAGGGAAUGAUGUAGUGCUUUUUUUUUGUAAAAGAAAAUAAAUUAUUUUAUAUGUAUAUAUCCAUGUGAAUAAAUAAAAUGACAACUAACCCAUCUUCUUAUAUCGUUA